AUGUUGAUAAAAGUCAAAACGUUAACCGGAAAAGAGAUAGAAAUAGAUAUCGAACCCACGGACAAAGUUGAACGAAUCAAAGAACGUGUGGAAGAGAAGGAAGGCAUACCUCCUGCUCAACAAAGACUAAUCUUCAGUGGCAAACAGAUGAAUGACGAAAAAACUGCCGCUGACUACAAAGUAACUGGGGGCUCGGUUCUCCAUCUUGUCCUAGCUCUCAGGGGUGUCAAAACAUUAACCGGAAUAGAGAUAGAAAUAGAUAUCGAACCCACGGACAAAGUUGAACGAAUCAAAGAACGUGUGGAAGAGAAGGAAGGCAUAACGCCUGCCCAACAAAGACUGAUCUUCAGUGGCAAACAGAUGAAUGACGAAAAAACUGCCGCUGACUACAAAGUAACUGGGGGCUCUGUUCUCCAUCUAGUCCUAGCUCUCAGGGGUGGUGCAUCAACUACCAACUGA